AUGGCAAGGGAGGAAGGGCCCACUGCACCUAAUGAGGUGGUGAACAAUGCUGCUGAGAUUGACCUCAAUCAAGAUGAGGCAAUGGAUGACCUUGAGCUGGAUGAUAUUGAUGACUUGGACCUGGACCUUGGGGAUGAGCAUCACCAUGGUGAAGCUGAGAACCAUGAUGAAGCAGAAAACCAUGGUGAAUCUGAUAACCAUGGUGAAGCUGACAACCAAGGGGAAGAGGAUAACACCAGUGAAAAGGAGAACACUGGUGAUGAAAAUGACUUCACUGAGAAUGAAGGCAUGAGUUAUCCUAUCUCCGAGGAGAUUGUCCAACUCCAGGCUAAAGUGGCAACUCAAAAUACCACCAUCCUGCAGCAGCAGACAUCCAUUGAUGGACUCAAGAAGCACACUCAGGACCUCGAGGCUAGGCUGAGUAUUACCAUGAAGGAGGUUACUGAGUUCCGUCGCAGCCUGGGCACUAAAAACCGCCAAAUUGAGUGGCUUCAGAAAACUUGCAAGAAUCUGCAAGCAUCAUUCAACAAGCUCAAUGAGCAGUUCACCCAUCUUAGGAGGGAGGGUAUUUACGAACCUCCUCCUGGGCGUAGGCCCGCUCCUGCUGCUCAGCCGGCACCCGCUCUGCCCGCACCUCCGGCGACGGAGGUGCAGCCUUGGCUUGAGCUGGUGCAUGACACCAUGAUCCUUGCGAAUGUGCGUCCUGAGGCUCGCGUUACUGCAGCCACUCGUGCAUUGGACGAGGUGGCCCGCAGGGCAGUGUAUGGCGCUAAGAAGCAGGCGCAGGGACCAUUUGGGUGGCCGGAGUUCUGCACUGCGCUGAAAGAGGCAUUCAUGGUCAAGAAGUCCGACCUGGAACUGCGCGGACGCCUUGAGCGUAUCAAGUGUCAUGACCGUUCGGUGCAGGAAUAUGCUGUAGAGUUUGAGGCCGCAGCACGCUCGCUCCGGAAGCCCUUGUCUGAGGAGGAGAUGAUGCACGUCUUCAUGAAAGGCCUCCCUGUCAACCUGCAGGAGGCACACAUGACCGGCGGCAUGACCAAUUGGGCGACUUACAAGGAGAUGAAGGAGCAGGUGAUCAAAACUGACACCAUCAUUCGCACAUACAUCCAUGGUCAUGCAAAGCCAGACCUGCAGCCCCGUGCAGAGGGCUCUGGUGGUCGUGAAAACCGACCCCAGAAUGCCAACGGCGGAGGCGGUUGGAACAAGCGACCCUUCCAGCAGCGUGAUCACCAGCCUGGACCACAGGCCAAGAGGCCUAACGGGGGGGAAGGUCAUGGCCCUAACAAGCCCGACUUCUCCAAGAUGAGGUGUAACGGCUGUGGAAGGAUGGGACACAUCCAAAAGCUCUGCCGUGACAAGAACGCUAUCAAGUAUUAUGGGAAGCCUAAGCCAGGCGGCGCUGGACCUUCUGGAAAGAAGGAUUUUCAUAAGCCCAACUAG